UGUCAGUGUCACCGUCAUUGAGCCGUCACCUGUCCUGAAACAAAACAUUGAAAAUCCAUUUUUAAUUAGCAUGGCACCAUAAAAAUCCGAACCUAACCAUUAUUAAAGUGCAGUGUAUAUAUUAACAAAAAACCACAAUGUUUGCCAAGCCCUUCAAGGUCAAAUCCAACAACAGCCUUAAGAAUUCAGAGAAAAAGCACCUAGUGCAGCGGAUACUAGAUGAGUUCCCCACGGCUACAGAAGAGGUGGCGAAAGAGCUGGUGCACAUGAAAAGCAGUUGUAGCUGCGUGAAGGUGACGGCGCACAGCGGGGAAGUGUUGGACGUGUACGUAGUGAACGGGGUGGCGCUGCUGCUGGAUGUGAGGGGCGCGCUGUUGCCGACGGUGGCGGCGCUGUGGCGCGCGCCGGGCCUGCUGCCCACGCUUACUGUGCAUGAGCCGGUGCUGGCUAAGAUCCAAGGAGGUGCCCCAUUGUACCUGCCGGGCGUGGUGAUACCGACUGGCGGCACCGGCUUCCCUAUGUUCGCGCGUGGCGCCCCCCUAGCGCUGCGGACGACUGACAAUGCGGCCGCUGCAGCUGUAGGGCGCGCUGCGCUCGCGUCGGGGGAGAUGCUGAUGAAAGUCGGUGGGGUAUGCAUGGAAAUGGCCCACUGGGUGGGCGACACGUUGAGUCGCGAGUUCAAGUUCGGCCGCCUCGAGAGGCCGCGGGCAGGUCCCGCCCCGGGCCCUGUCCCGCCUCCAUCCGCCGGGGACGGACUCGCCGACCGGUUACAUCAGGUGCACAUCCAGCAGGAGGAGUGGCCGGCGCUCGGCCGCGCGGCUGCGGCGCCUGCGCAUGCGCGCGCGCCCGCCCCCGCCCCGCCUGCCCCCGCCGCGGCCACUCCCGCCCCCGCCCCCGCCCCCGCCCCCGCGGCGCAGGCGCAGGCGCAGGCGCAGGCGCAGGCGCAGGCGCAGGCGCAGGCGCAGGCGCAGGCGCAGGCGGUACAUAUGGACUCGCCGGAAACUGAUAAUGAGCCCAUGGAGGAAGGAGACGACGGGAUUCCUAAGGAUAUGGACGGAUUGCUAGAGUGGGCGAUGCGGGGCUUCCUCAAGUUACACGCGAAGAGUGUGGAACUGCCAUUACUUUCCAGUUUGCUCUAUAGGAAUUACUUGUUACCCCUCUGUCCCUCGGAUCGAACGAUGGACGUCAAAAAGUCCUCAUAUAAAAAAGUGGGAAAGUUCUUAGAAGCUAUGCAAAAGGAGGGCUACCUCCAAGUCCGCGAGCUGGAGAAGGGCGUGGACGCCGUGACCGCGCUGAACCCGCUGCACCCGCGCGUGCGCAGCCACGCCCCGCCCGUGCUCGCCCCGCCCCUCGUCGCCGAGGCGGAUGAUGAUGAUGGCGUGGAGUACUCGCCGCCGCAGGUGCGGGAGAUGUUCUCUGUCACUGCCGCAGUGUCCGACUUGUUGUCGCUCAAAAAGGGCUCCCUCCUCUCAGCCGCUGAGCUUCGCACUUCGCUAACAGAGUACGUGAAGGCACGAGAGCUGACAGCGCCCUCGCAAAAAGGUGCCGUCGUACUGGACACCAGGCUCGCCAAGGUUCUGCAGGCGCAAGAACAGGAAAUCAUGAAAUGGGAUGCAUUAAUGGCGGGCGUGCAAGCGAAGCUCACGCCGUGUACGGAGAUGAAAUUCGCCGACGGCACGUCAAGACUCACCAAGGCCAAGUUGGACCCCAUACGGAUGCAGGUCGUCAACCGCAGCGGGAACAAGAAGGUGACGCUAGUAUCAAACCUGGAGGCCUUCGGCUUCACCCUUCCCGAGUUAGCCCGAGCCUGCCAGCGCGGCGUGGCGGCCUCCUGCGGCGUCACGCGCUCGCCUGGCUCCAAGUACGACCAGCUCAUGCUGCAGGGCGAUCAGCAAUACUAUGUGGCCAGACUGCUGAUAGAGAAGUAUGGCCUACCCAAGAAGUUCGUAGAAGGAGCCGACAAGGCGCUCAAGAAGAAGAAGGGCAGCUAACCUCCGCACCACAUUCACCACUACUGACCCGUGAUACUAACUGUGUAAGAAAGGAUCAAUAAAAAUCUGAACUGCUUAAAA